AUGAAAUUGACUCUUUUUAAAUCUCGUCUUGUACAGGUCCUUUAUAGCAUCCCAUUUGCUAUGGCAUCUAUAUAUUCUAGUAAUGCUGGGGCAGGGCAAGGUCUAUCACAAGGAGUCAUAAAUCUUGCAAUAGUUGUCCCACAGACGUUAGUGUCACUAGUGGGAGGGCCAUUUGAUGCGUUGUUCGGAGGAGGGAACUUGCCGGUGUUUGUGGCGGGAGCAGCUGCAGCUGCAGUCAGCAGUAUUUUGGCACUCACAUUGUUGCCUUCUCCUCCUGAGCCUGAUGCCAAACCAAGCCCCAUUUUCGCCGUUGCUUCCCACUGACAAAGUACUGGAGUCUGGACAUCACAAAAACAAGUUUUGAUCACUAAUUUUUUCUUCCUUUUUUGUUCAUAAUGCAGAAUUAGAGUAACACAGUUUUGAAGGUCGCGCUUUUCUUUUCCUUCCUUUUGUAAA